ACCGUUCUCUGCCGUGGACGGGCGGAGCUUGCCACACGUUUCUCCCCCUAGGAGCUAGUGGGGGAGAAAGCCAUCGGUGCUCUCCUGGCGCAUCGGCCGAAUCGUAAAUCAUGACCAGUCGGUCGCACGGAGCGCAUCGUGGCAAACAGGCUGAGAACCGUUUCGAAAACAUCGGGGCCCCCCCGAGCGCGUGAGAGUGCGUGAUCCAUCGAUCCACCCGAUCUCUCCGAUUCUUCGCCGCCGCUCGUCGAUCGGGAUCAUCGUUCGUGCCCGCGUAAUCGUCACCGAGUAAUAAUCGCCUCUAACCCUCGUCUUUGCGACAGUGACAUCGCGUCCUCCUCCUCCUCCUCCUCCUCCUCCUCCUUCUCCUUCUCCCUCCCUCCCCCUCCUCGCCCGAAUUUAAUUCGAUCCGCAGCGUGACGCUGGACAGGAUCCGUGGAAAAGUUUGAUGUGGAACGUGAAGAAGGAGAUAGAGAAUCGGAACGAAAAGUGAAUCUAGGGAUAUUACUCGUUAUUAAUCAUGUGCAGCAACGAAAGCCCGCCACCGGCCAAGGAACCGUUGGCCGUCGGUCUUGGCAACCCAAUGACCGGUUUCUUGCCCGGCCUCGAGCACUACCGGCUUCAAUUGUACCAUUACGCGAUGGCCGAGAGAUUGAGGCUCGCCCAGCAGCUGCACCCCCAGCACCCAGGUGUCGGCCACCCGCCCUCCACCGCCCCCGCUCACCUGGGAAUGGGACCGGGGUUCCCUGCCCCCCUGCCCUUGUACCCGGCGGCGGCGGCCGCGGCCGGAUACCCGAGCAGGCUGGCCCUGUCCAUGGCGUUGCUCCACCCGCACCAUCAAAGAAUCCCCGAGGAGCCGAAACCGCAGCACAGUUACAUCGGUUUGAUCGCGAUGGCUAUACUCUCGUCCCCCGAGAAGAAAUUGGUUCUGUCCGACAUUUAUCAACACAUAUUGGAGCAUUACCCUUACUUUCGUACCCGUGGCCCAGGGUGGAGGAACUCGAUCAGGCACAAUCUGUCGUUGAACGACUGCUUCGUGAAAUCGGGGAGAAGCGCGAACGGGAAGGGCCAUUACUGGGCGAUCCAUCCCGCCAAUCUGGAGGAUUUUCGCCGCGGCGACUUCAGGAGGCGCAAAGCGCAGAGGAAGGUACGAAGGCACAUGGGUUUGGCGGUGGACGAGGAGCCGGACAGUCCAAGCCCGCCGCCUUUGCCGGCCACCCCGCCCCCGCCGGCCACGCUCGGCCCCCCCGUCGCCUCGCAACCGAUGACGGGAAUUUGGACGCCCCAUCAUCACCAUCAUCCUCCUCACCAUCAACAGCAGCAACAGCAACAGCAACAGCAACAGCAGCAGCAAACGGCUUUUCAGAAUCAAGGCGCGAGGCAAUCCUCGUCGACGUUUCAACCGUCGAGGAAGAGGCAGUUCGACGUUGCGUCGCUGCUCGCGCCCGACGACCAACACCAUCAGAUCGAGUCGGAUCUGAGGUCGGCCAAGUCGAGGAGGUUCAGCUGCAGCGAGGACGAGAUGCACGAUCUCCAAGAGGCCGAGCAGGACGAGGAGGACGUGGACGUGGACGUGGUGGCCGAGACGAAUGCCCUCCCGUCGCCCAACACGCCGUCGGCAAGCCCCGAUUCCAAACUCGGCGUCUCGCCACCGACCGCCACCCAACUUUGGACCAAUCAGGGUAUUCAGGGCGCGACGGGCCAACAGUUGGCCGGCUUGCAUCUUCAGAAUCACUUGCAAGGUGCGAGGAAUUAUUACGUGGCGGCUACGUCGAGUACCGUCGGGCCGACCGUCUAAUGGACUUCUGCUCUGCGCACGAAUAAUAAUAAUAAUAAUAAUAAUAAUAAUAAUAAUAGUAAUAUCGUGGCCCGAGUGUUUCGCAUUUCUCUCGAUUCUGUUCCUCGGAAGGACUGUUUUUCGCCUCCCCUCCCCCGUCGAUGGCGAUGCUCGACGAUCGAAUCGUGAAAAGCUGCUCUGGAAAUUCGCGCGAGCUACUUCUAAAAGUGACUCUCAGGUGACGGGAGGGGGGGAAUUUUUUUUUUUUUUUUUUCCUUUUUUUUAAUCUUGGAUCGGUUAAUAAUAAGCCGAUCGACGAACGUUUUACGUUCUUACAUGACCAUUGUUGGUGGUAACUAGUCGUGCCAAAUUGCGAAACUAUUUUUUACCAUUCCUUCUUUAUUAUUAUUUGGCGAUUCGAAAAAGUAAUAAUUUUAUCUCGAGACUAAUGAUUUUUAUUUAUAAGAUCGGGGCCCUAUUUGCAUGACAAUUUAUCAAAGACAAAGAUUAGUUGUUUUCUUUGAAUUAUUACUUUCUCCGUCUUUUAAUUUAUUGUUAAUUAUUAUUACAAGGAUGGAUAUCGCGUUUGCUGAUGUCUGUCUGUUAUGAUAAUCUACGAACCCGUCUUAGUUUGAACCUUCUUUGGAGGGCGGUAAAUCGGUCACGACUUAUUCGAAAAACCGUUAUUCCAAAAACCGUAUGCAUUCUCGUUCAAUGAUCACAUUUUCAGCCUUCCAAAGGGGUCCAAUAAUUAAAUCGCGAAAGGGUCCAGAUUAAUGUAAUUAAUCUAUUUGUAAAUAAGAUCUAGUUUCUAGUUGCUCGAUAGUAGUUUAUCGAUUCAUUGCGAGUGAACAAUACGGUGCAAUACACGCUUGGUAAUUUUUCUUUGUCGUCCGUGUUUAUUUUCUUCAUUCUUUUCUUCCUUCUUUUUUCGCGCAUUUUAAACAACGAAUUCCCCCGUUCGCUCCGUUCGCCUUUCGAUUCAAGAUCGGUGGGUUCCCUCAAGUUAUCGAACCCGAUACCGUUUCUCUCGAUUCGAGUCCGGUACUUGAUGAUCCAUGUAUCGUGAAACACGUGUCUAGGGAACGAUUUUAUAUAUAUGUAUUGUAUAAAUAUAAAUGUGUAAGGAAUACGCGCAUACGUGUAGUCGGAGAUAGAAGAAUUUCCACGCUCCGCAUCCACAGUGAUUUCGAGAAAGAUACGAUUGGAUUCGAUGAUCUUCUCUUUUGGGGGGGAAGGGGAGGGUGGGUCGUUAACCUUUUGCCAAAUGAUCACGGAUUUCGAAAAACCAUUGUUAACAAGUGAAUCGACGUUGAAAGGUUAACGAUGCGGAUGUGUAACAAGUGUAGAUACAUUGCCACGUGAUGAUGAAACCACGUUCGAGAUCCGAUUUCGAAGAAGAAUUCGGUGAGUUUGAGAGAGCAAGAAAAAAUUUUAACAUAAACAGUUUUAGAAAACAGAAUAAGAUAACGGAUUGAUUAAAAAUAAGAUAAUUGAUUGAUUUCAAAUAAUUUCAAAAGUAUUCAAAAACUAAGCCAAUAAUGAUAGAAUCUAUACAUUUUUAAUAAAAUUAAUAAAAAUUGUUUCGAUGAUACGCGAUUUAAUUUUUGAGUAAAAUAAAUUAUUAAAGGAUAUCAAGUGGUACUGCAUCUACACGCGAUCUCGAAUAUCGAUAUUACUCGUGCCAAUCUGUGGGAUUCUGUUAAGGAAAAAAAAUUUGUACAUAGAUAGAAAGGGAAAGAAAGAGAAAGGACAGAAAUACGUGUGUAAUAUAUAAUUUCCAAAUUUCUUUUUCUCCCCCCGCGAAAAAAUACGAAAUUCGAAUGCUUGGGGCAUUACAUCAGACUGAGAAACGGAAACCGCCUGUUCAAAGUGUAAUAUAAAUUUCGUUCGAGAAGGAAAAUUUAUCAUCUCUUUAUUAUAUCAUCGUACGAUACAGAAAUAAUAUUAUUCUGUGCAACAACCCAUCCUCCUCCCCUCUGUAUGUAUGUAUGUACGUAUGUAUGAAUGUAUGUAUGUAUGUAUGUAUAUGUACCUAUAUAUACGUGCCUACGUAUAAUUGAGAUGUAUCACGAUUAACUCAUACAAACACACGCACACAAACAUGUUGUACACACCGCAUAGUGGAUAUAUAAACGGACGGAUAGAUCGUGGUACGAUUGCGAAGAGAGAUAUACACGGAGGAAUAUUACACGGUUUUUUAAAGAUUACCUCAAGCAAAAAAGUACAGAUGUGUCGUCGACCUGUCUCUCUAGAUUCUCAGCGCGGAACUGCCGCAUCUCGAUGCAAUCGAAGCUGAAAAAUAAAUUUCUGUUCCCAAUCAAU